UGUUUUCAUAAAGUGAAUUGGGGUCAAAGAGUGAAUGAGCUUCUCUUGACCUUCUUUGCACUGAGAGAAAACAUUUUAAUAUUGUUGAAAAGAGCGUCAUGCAAGGCUUAAAUCUCAGCCGAGGGUUGCUGUACCUUCUGCUGCUUUGGUCCUUGUCGGUCGUCGCUGAUUCAGCUGGUGUUACGAGCACAGAACGAGGAGGAGCUGGAAGAAGCCAGAGGAGAGGAGGAGGUGGCGGCGGAGGAGGAGGUGCAGAGAAGAAAAAGAGGUACCACCGCAUCCAACAUGGCCAGUGCAGCUACACCUUCAUCCUCCCGGAGCUUGACGGAUGCCAGGCUGGAGGAUCGCCGUCACAAUAUGGUGGCGCUCACAGCAGGGCGAGUGUCGUGCAGAGAGACUCGCCACCGAUAGACGGUGAAUGGUCGGCUCAGAAACUGCAGCACCUUGAGAGCACAAUGGAGAACAACACACAGUGGUUGCAGAAGUUGGAGAACUUCAUUCAGAAGAGCAUGAGACGAGACGUCGCUAACAUACCAUCGCACGUCGUUCACAACCAGACGGCCGCCAUGCUGGAGAUCGGGACGAACCUCCUCACGCGCACAGCGGAGCAGACGCGCAAACUCAACGUGGUGGAAGCCAAGGUGCUGAACCACACGUCUCGCAUAGAGAUCCAGCUUCUGGAGAACUCUCUGUCCACCAACAAGCUGGAGAAAGAGCUGUUACUGCAGACCUCCGAGAUCAGUCGGCUACGAGACAAGAACAGUCGUUUGGAGGGUAAAGUUCAGAUGCUGGAGUCUCAGCAGAGAGGAGAGCUGGAGGACAUGAGGGUGGAGAAGAACAGGCUGCAGACUGUGGUCAGGACUCAGAUGGCGGCCAUCGAGGCUUUGGAGAAGCAGCUGAGAGUCGCCAGCAGCAACAACACGGCUCUGCAGAGGCAGCAGGCUCAGCUGAUGGAGUCUGUCCACACACUCAUUAACAUGGUGGCUAGUACUACAGGGUCACCUCCCAGGAACCAGAUGUGGAGGGACUGUGCAGAUGCUUACAAGGCCGGUCACUCCGUCAGUGGCCUGUACACCAUCUACAUCAGCAACAGGACCGAUCCUGUGCAGGUGUACUGUGACAUGGAGACGGGCGGCGGAGGGUGGACGGUCUUCCAGCGCCGACUGAACGGCAGCGUGGACUUCCAGAGGAGCUGGCGGGAGUACAAAAUGGGGUUCGGGGACGUGCUAGGAGAGCACUGGUUGGGUAAUGAAGUUUUGUACCUGCUGACCAGUCAGGGUCAGUACUCUCUGAGAGUGGAGCUGAGAGACUGGGAAGGAAACCCCGCCCACUUCCAGUACGACCGAUUUACACUGACCAGUGAGAGGCAGCAGUACAGGUUGUAUCUGAGAGGUUACAGCGGCACGGCGGGGAGGCAGAGCAGCCUAGCCACACACGGGACCGGCUUCAGCACCCGAGACCAGGACAACGACAACUGUGACCACUGCAAAUGUGCCCUGAUGCUGACUGGAGGGUGGUGGUUUUGGCUUGGUUUUCUCUCCAACCUGAACGGUAUUUACUACACCGUCGGCCACAACAUCAGGAAGCUUAACGGCAUCAAGUGGCACCACUUCAAAGGCCCCAGCUACUCCCUGCGCUCCACCUCCAUGAUGGUACGACCCUACGACUUCUAGCCGCACCCCUCAGCCUUCCUGAUGGAACCACCCUCAGCCUUCGGACCCUCCAGUUUCGUGAUGGUACACCCCUAUUGCUCCCAACGCCCCUCCAAAACGCCUUCCUUAGUAUGUGAACACCCCCCAGCUCCGGCACCACGAUGCUGUGACCCUCCCGUCCACUGCCGUAAUGGUGCGGUCCCACAGUUUAUAACAACACCUCUUGGAUCCACAAUGGUAUAAACCUGACUCUAGCGGAUCCUGGGAAUUACAACCAUAAUGGUAAAACCCAUAUGAGUCACGAACACCCCUUUGAUCCACCUUCAGGCCCGUGAACGUCUCGCAGCAUGUGCUGUUGUAUGUCUGGUCUUUGGGGCUUUGUCCUCAUAACCUGCCCUGGAUCCGCCAGGGGCCGGGUUAUGCUCAGAAAGAACUAGUCUGUGCGAGGACGUUGUCGGAAACCGAAAGCGUUUAUAGCCGCUCUGAACAGUCAGGCUCGACGGCGGGAUGAACUGCCGGCCGUCACUGGCAGUGCCUGUCUCUCCAGGAAGACAUUGACAGUGUUGCACCGUGUAAAGAAUGAAAAAAAGUAAAACCCGGGGGAGAAGCUCCACCGCUGCUCACUCUCUCGCCUCCUUACAGCUGAU